CUCUUUUCCAGGUGCUGUGUGGAGUAAAGUAUACAGAGUCUUAAUCCCUCAGAUUUCACACAAAGAUCCAACAUGUGCCCAGAGUUUUCAUUGGUUUGAAUGUUUUGCUCCUCCCUCGCGAAUGCACAAUGGAAUAAAAGCUGAGACGAGAAGUUUACAAAAGCAAACGAUACAAAUAGCCAGUAGAAAACUUGAACUGAACAUCCAGCCCCUCCCCCUGGCUGCAGUGUGGAAUAAGGAGUGUGUUUGGAGGUUCGCCCCCCUCAGGCUGCCGGUCGCAGAUGGAGGCCCACCAACACUCUCCAGAUAGCAGCAGUGAGGAGUGCACCGUCCUGGAGGCCCCACCUGGCAAAAAUGCCUGCCCGCAGCAUGCAGGGAAGGUGUCAGACCUCUACUGUUCGGCCUGUGAGUGUCCACUUUGUGAGGAUUGUGUGUCGGACCAUGACGAGCACCCCAAGGUGCCCCUCAGUCAGGCUCUGGAACAACACCGCAGCACCCUGCAGGAGAGGCUGGGAGCCAUUCAGAACAGACUCCCUCAGGUUUCAGAUGCCCUGUCCUUCGUUAAAGAGAUCCUCCAGCAGCUGACCAAUCAGAGAGCUUCCAUCGAAGAGGACAUCCAGUCGAGUUUUGAGGAUUUGCACAAACAGCUGGAUGUGAGGAAGAGUGUUCUGCUGAUGGAGCUGGAGGUCACAUAUGGACUCAAACAGAAGGUUCUCCAGGCCCAGGUGGACUGCCUCCUCCGGGGAGAGGAGGACCUCAUGUCCACCUGUACCCAGACGGAGGAGGCUCUGGCUGGGGAGGCAUGUGUGGCGAGCCUGCAGUUGGAGCGGGACCUCGGCGAGAAGCUGGAGGAGCUGGCUGGCCUCGGCUUGCCAUGUCAGCCAGAGGAGAAUGACCAGCUGGAUCUGGUGAUGGAGACAGAUGGACUGAGGAAGUCCAUACACAACCUGGGGACCAUUGUCACAACAAGUGCGGUGGCGAGCCAGAGCGAGGCCAUGGGUGCAGGCCUGGAGCAGUGCAUUGUGGGACAUCCUUCGUCUGUUACCAUAGUGACAAGAGACAAGUCAGGAGGAGCCUGUAAGAGUGGCAACGCGAUUCUGUCAGCUGAGGUUUUCACCCCAGAUGGCAGCAUAGUGGAUGGUGAAAUAGUGGACCACAAGAACGGGACUUAUGAGUUUGUGUACAUGGUGCCAAAGGAGGGUGACUUCUCAUUGGCUCUGCGUUUGUAUGACCAGCACAUCAAAGGAAGUCCCUUCAAACUGAUGGUCACCAGGGCCUUGGAGGCAGACGUGGAGGUGUCUCCCUCCACCACCACAGCCACCAACUCGCUAGCCAACGCCACCCCAUCCACGGGCUCCUCUGAGGGGGCAAAGAGACGAGGGAAGUCCCCUGGCCAGAAGAAGAAGGGCUCCAAGAGGGCCAGCAGCGCCCUGGGCACCCCGCGACGCAAAACCCAGAACCCCAUUGAGGACGACCUCAUCUUCAGGAUCGGAACGAAGGGGAGGAACAAAGGAGAGUUCACCAACCUUCAAGGAGUGGCUGCCUCCGCCAACGACAGGAUACUGAUUGCGGACAGCAACAAUCAGUGUGUUCAGAUUUUCUCCAACCAGGGGGAAUUCAAGAGUCGUUUCGGGGUGCGGGGACGGUCGCCGGGGCAACUGCAGCGACCCACGGGUGUGGCUGUGCACCCCAGUGGUGACAUCAUCAUCGCUGACUAUGACAACAAGUGGGUCAGCAUCUUCUCCUGUGAUGGCAAGUUCAAGGCGAAGCUUGGCUCCGGUAGACUGAUGGGACCAAAGGGCGUGUCCGUGGACCAGAAUGGUCAUGUGAUUGUAGUUGACAACAAGGCGUGCACUGUCUUCAUUUUCCAGCUGACUGGCAAGCUCAUUGCCAAGUUCGGUAGCCGAGGCAAUGGGGACAAGCAGUUUGCAGGUCCACACUUUGCAGCAGUCAACAAGAACAAUGAGAUCAUUGUGACUGACUUCCAUAACCACUCUGUCAAGGUUUUCACCCCAGAGGGAGAUCUGGUGUUGAAGUUUGGCUCUAACGGUGAAGGAAAUGGCCAGUUCAACGCUCCCACUGGUGUUGCGGUAGAUGUCAAUGGGAACAUCAUUGUAGCUGACUGGGGCAACAGCAGAAUACAGGUGUUUGACGGCAGUGGCUCUUUCCUCUCCUACAUCAACACAUCAGCAGACCCUCUGUACGGACCCCAGGGUUUGGCCCUGACCUCUGAUGGACAUGUGGUGGUGGCAGACUCUGGCAACCACUGCUUCAAAGUCUACCGCUACCUACAAUGAUGGAGGCUCGGGUGGAGAAGUGAAGCCGAAGGAGGCCGGAGAGACAGACGGAGGGAGCAGUUGUCUGAGUGAAAAGAUACGGUGCACGAUGUCAAAUUCUAGAAAUUAUUGCAUGAACCUCUACCGCUGCCUGUAAUGAUGGGAGGAGGGAUGAACAGAAGAGAGGAGGAAGCAAAGAAGAAGGAUCUUUACAUCAUUAGAACCACAAUGGAAAUUUAUUUUUUUGCUGAUUUUGAUGAGGUAAGGUCAUCAAAAAAUGAAACAGCAGAGAGCAGAGAAUUUGAGGGAAUGGUGGGACAAAGAUUGGUCUCUGAACUUAAGUCUAAAUAGGGAUGAGGAUAGUAGCAGAUAAGGGGGAAUAGAAAGAUAAGAUGGUGGAUUCAAAAGUUUGCUGCCCUUAUGCCCUUCAUUUGAAAAUUUAAUGCAAGAUUGGAGUAAAAAGUUAUGGAUUAAUGAUCUCCGGAAACUCUGGAAAUCCCUCUUUCUCUCAGUCUCAGUGGAAGGGAAAUCAAGAGAAGAAAGCAAGAACAGAUAAAUGCUGCAAGAGAGGAGAACAAAACCAUUUUUGGAAAACCGCUGCUUCCUUAACCCACAAUGGAGUGAAUGAUGGAUACACAGAUCAAAGAAUAAUCAAGGGCAUGAAUUAAUAAAUCAAGAAUGGUGUUUUUGAGAGAAUGGAAAUGUUCUAAUGUUCUGCCUUCUUGUAUUGUAAUAGACAGAAAAAAAUGGCCAGUGAGCUAAAAGUGGUCUAUGUCUUGGUUUGACAUCAUUUGGUCCUUCAGGUCAUCACCACAGAUUUCCUCUAUGGUUUUUCCUACCGUAGUUUACAAUUGGAUACCAAACAGCCAAAAGCUAACAUUAGCUAGCUACUCUUAGGGCGUUUUCUGACCUGGACCUUUAUUCCGGUUGAAUCAGACUCUGGUUUGUUUUCACCUACGGUGUGAUUCGUUUGUUCAGGUCUGAACAAAGCAAUCACAUUCGGGUAUGGCCCAGAACAACUGUACCAAGACCCUUUGAGGAUGUGGUCGUGGUCCAGAUGCAAGUAAACUUUUGAGUGGUUUAUUGUGGUGGGAACGGGAUCCAACCUUGAUCCGACUUAACUACAAGGCUAAACUGCUCCCGUAGCCAGGCGCAAAAUCAUCAGUUGCUGGCAGCUAGCCCAGAGAAUGAAUUGAGGUUCAACCUGGACUAACAAUAAAGUUAGUCUCAUUUUUGAUAUUUGGCAGAUAGGCGCUUCCCAAGGACCCUCUUCCAUUGUUUACGUUCUUGCUCUUGCUCCAGACACAACUAUCCAAAGAGUGGAGACAACUUUCUCAAAUGAAGAAAUUCGGAAAUCUCUAACGUGAAAUAACCAAAACUUCUCUAACUUUUCAGAAGAUGGAAGAAGGCCAUGUACGAUCCCGUCACUCAAUCAAGAUGCUGAUUGAGAAAAUGAGUUUUCAGGGCCUUUAAGGUGUCAGUUAAAGUGCUCCUGAGUUUAGGUUUUUGAGAGAAGAGAACAUUUUCCCCUGGCCUGUAGUGAUACGUUUUGGUUUGCUUGGAUUUUUUCUGUGUGAAAAGAAACUGAACCAAGUGUACCAACUCAUCCACUGAUUCGGACCAGAGCAAACAAACAGGUUUGAAAAUGCCCUAAGAGUUAGUUGUCAGGUGGCCAUUGAGCAACGCACUCAACUUUAAACUGGUACAGCAGUAGAAGACUGUGGUUGUACUGGGAAACUCCCAGCAGGGAAUGCUGUAGAUAUAAAUCAACCAAAUCUCCAUGACUAUUGUUUUCGCUGUCAGGGUGUCAUAAAUACAUUCUACCCUGGGAUGUUCAUGAAAGAAUUAUUAUUACUAAGUGAUGGGCCAGUUUUAGCCCAUUGUCCAUUGUUUGUACAUUAGGAUUGUCUGAAUAUGGAAUGUUUAUUUUGUUUCUUGGCAUAUGCUAGCAUUCUAUACAAGUCUUAGGCAAUAGAUUCAUCAUUAGAAAAGACUGCUUGACUCUGACUGUCUGAAUGAUUGAUUUAUUUGAUUGGGUGAUAUAGUAGCUUUGAUGAGCAGAAUCAUCCAUCUAUGCUUGGUCUGAGUGUUGAUCUAUUUUUUUUCCACUGAGAAACUUGUUGCAAGGAGAAAAAAAGUCUAUAAAUCUAUCCUAUAUAUUUGUGAAAAUACCUUCAAUAAUAUCAUGUAAAACAUUCAAGGUAAUCAACAUUUUUACCCACUAAUUUCUGCUUGCCAUGUCAACGACAAAACAAGAAGCUGAGGAAGGAGAUUCUAGAAUGUUUCAGUUCAUUGCCAAGGAUUCUAGAAUGCUUUAACAAUCCAGAGAAAUGCUGUCGCUUGCCUCUAUAAAAGUGUUAGUGUUGCAAAGUGUGAGGGGCUGCUGGUACCGGAACUGUUUGUCCCCGUUCUGUAUUCCAUUUAAAACAAAAAAAACUUUACAUGAUAUCCUCAAAUAUCCUUGAAUUCAUAACACUUCAUCGUUGAAGUUGAGAACAAAACAAAAGCCCAGAAAUUAAAAGUGAACCGAUUCACGCUGUAAAUUGUAAAAUCUGUUUUCUCAACACAGUGAUCUUUAGCUUCCGCUCACUGUUAGCGGCGUAUGUGGUGUCUCUUGGAUGUUUCUUGCCGAAAUGCACCUCCGGAGUCUUGGUUAACAUCUACCAAAGAACAAAAUGUUAAGAAAAUGCAGUUGUUCAUCUUUUGUACUGAUGAUUUAACCGGAAGAUUUUAAAGGGAUGGUUAAGAUUUUUUGAAGUGGGUAUGUAUGAGGUAUUUAUUCAUAGCCAGUGUAUUACCUGCAGUAGAUUUGGGUCGGCACACUCCCACCUAAAAAAAAGGCACACCCAAAAAACUCAAUAUCAGUGUAAGUGUAUCCUAUAUUUUGAAUAUUUUCACCACUUUACCUUGCCGUCAGACAGCCCUUUUCUUUGGCACGACAUUUUCUCAACUGUAGAACUUCUGUGUGUGUGGCAUACAGAAUAUCGUACAGAAUAGGGAAAAACUUCCAGAGCCAGCUGCCCUUCAGACUUAGCAACUGUAUCCACAGGUUCUGUCAUCACCCAUAAAAGAGUACCUCAGUGUUCUGGAAGCAUGCUUCUGUAUUACGUGAUUGUUGACUUCUAACAUAACACUUCCAAUUUCAACUGCAAGCUCCCAUUUUCCAAACAAUGCAUCCUACACCUAGAGUUACAGCAAUGUCAAGUACAGUAAAGGACAUGUGACAAAUGUGAAAUUAAGCAUUUACAAAUAACUUUUGGAAAAGUGCUAUGUAAUAAUAGUAAUAGUAACACGAUGCAAGGCAUUUACAUCAUGAGUCCUUAAACCGUUAUUAAAUAGGCAAGAAAAGCUUUUAAGUUACUCACAACAGCAUUCAUUUGGACAGCUUAAACCUGCAUCAUGAACACACCGAAAACAUCAGUGGCUAACAAAAGCUUGUGUUAGAGGAAAUGGUGUCCUUAGUGUCAGUUAUUUACACAAUGACUUUAUCAGACAAUAUUCAAUAGCAUAAAUAUACUGCAUUCAAAACUGAUCAAGGAUUUUUAGGAAACUGUAUGAGCUGGUGUCAAAAAGAAAUCCCUUAAUGAAGAAAACCUUGUCAUCAUGUGGCUUCGGUGUGUAUCACUGUCGGUUUGCAUCAACAUUGUACAUAAGUUUUAUUUUCUUCCUCAAAUGGAUAUGUAGUGUUUUGGAACACAGCUCUUAAAAUACUGAUCAGUUUCUUACGGUGUUACUUGCCUGCUCUUUCUCUCUCUCUGUAUUUACUAUCUGUCAUGUCUGUUCACUGUUAUGGACUGUCGCUUAAUAUUCACACACACUCAACACCGAAAUAAAGCAUUGGUUUAAAUGGAA